UGGGGGUUCGGACAGGCCGUCCCUGGGGUCCCGAGGAGCACCAAAAGGUGCAGAGAGGGGCCUGAGGUGCACUGCAAAACGUGCACGGAGGCUCCUGGGAUAGCCCAAAAGGUGCACGGAGGGGCCUCAUGUGUGCAGCAAGGUUCACCGAGAGCCCUGGGGUGCACCCAAAGGCGCACGGAUGUGUGCUGCUGGGACUGCAGGGUGAAUCAUGCUCCUUCAGAUGCCCCAGGGGUGGUGGGCAGGGGCCUGGCUUGCUUGCUUGCCCCACAAAGCAUGUGCACCCCCACGCUCUCCGGCAUCUCCUGCCCUCCAGCUGCAUCUGCCUUGUCUCCACAGCCAAAGUUGGGCAUUAGCGCUCCUCCCCACCCGCUUGCCUCGCAGCCCCGUCUCACCCAGCCUUCCAAGUAAACACAAGAAAAAGCCUCUUUUUAAUAUGGGCAUGGGCAGAGCCAGGCGCCUUGGGGUGUCUUCAUCCUUGUGCAAGCCCAGGGGGACACAGCCCAGAGGCACCUGCUUUGAUGAAGGUGCCCCGCACAGGGGCUGGACUGGCAACCGGGCAGUGCUGAAUCUGGGGAUGCUCAGGCCGUGCCGUUGCCUGGGCCUGGGUGCCAGUGCUGCCAGGCUCUCCGGAGGCGGGCACACAGGGAUCGGGAGAUGCAGCCUGACAAGGGUGCUCUCCUGGGCGCUUGGAGGAUGAAGAUGGUCUGCAUAGCCAGGCAGCGCACCGUAGGGCUGCUGUCAUUUUCCAAGCGCUGGAGGACUGCAAAGGGAGGAAAGAGAGUGGCCAUCAAGCCCGGUAUCAGCAGAGACCCCGGGCUGCUCCUCCAGAGAGAGGACCGGGGAAGAGCAGGGCACAAGGGGAUCUAUCCAUGCUCAGCAAUACCCCAAAUACCCCCAGUACCCCCAAAAGUCCCUCCAGGAACUCAUGUGAGAGCCCUGCAGCCUGGCGCAAGCCAUGGGCGCUCUCGGCCUGGCCAAGAGCACCAGCCCUCAAAAGCUCCAGGAAUCCCCUCUGUCCCCAGGCCCGGCCUCCUCCCGCCAGCCCCGGCCACCUCCCCGCGCGCUACGCACGGCUGCACAUCUCCUCCAGCUUCUGCCCGUGCCAGUCCAGGAGCCGCCCAGCGAGCCCUAGGCACACGUGGCCCGUCACAAGGGGAGCCCGGGGGUCCUCCAGGUAGCGGCAGCUGUGGCUCACGUACUCCCUGGCUACUGGCCUGGCCUUCUGCAGCUGCAGGCACCCCCGGUACAGGUGUUGGCACUGCCGGGCCUGUUGCCCUCCCUGGGACAACCCUUCCCCUCCCUAGGACAGGCAUUGGCAACGCUGGGCCUGUCCCUCCUUCCAGGACAGGGACCAGCGCCUCUGGGACAGUGGCUGGCACCCUCAGGAAAGAGGCUGCCACUGCUGGGACAGGGGCUGGCACCAGCCAGAACUUGGCUGGCACCCGCGGGACAGCGCUGGCUCUACCAGGAGCUCUGCUGGCACCACUGGGACGGGAGCCAGCACCGCCAGCACAGGCCUGCCACUGCCGGGGCCUCCUCACCAGGCACUCGCCAAUGCGCCAGGUCUGCACCGUCUCAGCCAGCUUCCGGAGCUGCUUCCAGCCAAGCAGCUUUGCAGCGUCCAUGAGGGCUGCCCGGGCGGCCUGAGGAGGAGCAGGGAGACGGGCGAUGGCACCGCAGCCAGGCCAGGUCUCCCCCACGGCUGCUGCCGUGCCCAGGGUGCCCACCGCGGUGGCCGCACGCCACGCCACGGCGCCCUGUACCUGUGCCGCGCCGACAUCGGGGUCGCUGAGGUGGAGGAAGAGGCGCAGCAGUCCCUGGCGCGCCAGCUGCUUCAUCUGCCGCCUCUCGCGGCCGACGGCUCGGCUCAGCAGCUCCCCGAAGUGCACCAGGGCCAGCUCCCGCACGGCACUGGUCUCCUGCCAUGGCAAACAGCAACCUCUGCAGCGGUGCUGGGGGCAACGAGAAGGGGCCCCGUGCCGCCUCCCUGCCCCCAUCCUCACGUUGGGGAAGAAGGACGGGAGGUCGCGGGCCAGCAGCACAGCCAGCUGGCCGGUCUGCCGCGGCUCGGCAUGCCGCAGCACAUUGCGCAGCACCGCCAGCGCCUUGGCGUUCAUCUGCCCGUCAGCGUCAUGCAGCCGCUCCAUCACGGCUGGGAUCAGCUCCUGCAUCUUCUGAGCCUGCAGGCAGAUGGGCAGCAUUUGCCUCAGAAUGCUGCCAGUGCAAAUGCUGCGGACACGGGCGCCGGCAGCGGGUCCUUGCUCACCGUGGCGGCAUUCUGGGAGAGGGAGAGGAGGCCGCGGAGCGCCAGCCAGCGCAUGAGCCGCUGCUCGCUGUCCAGCCGCGCGUGGCAGAGGUGCAGCGCCACCUCGUCGACCGCCGCACCCAGAUUAGAGCUCUGCAGCAGCUGCAACGGCAAGUGGCCACGUUGGCACGCGGCCUGGUUGCCACCCCCAGGACUGGGAGCCCGGCACGUGGUAUGGCAUCCCAGCUGCCCCCUCACGCUCGGCCCCAGUCCCACCAGAGGCCCUUCAGCCCCAGCCCCUUGUCCUUGUCCUCAUCCUCAUCGCCUGGCCCUUGCUGUGGCCCCACGUGCCCAGCUUUGGCCGCUGCCCCUCAUCUCCAGCCCAGUCUGCACUCCCUCAUCCUUGUCUGCUCCUCCAUGGCCCCUCCACCCCAGCCCUGUGCCCCCAUGCUCAGGUCCCCAUCCCCUCAGCCUCUCCCCAUCUGCAGCCCUCUGGCCUCUCUGUAGACGACGUGAGGUGCAGGGGGCCAGCACAGAGGCUGCUUGAAACACAGGGGACAGCUGGGGACUAACGGAGGCAUUGGCAGAGCCCAAACUCUGCCGCCACCAGCCCGCCCCUUCCCACUCAUGCCAGCAGCCUGCAUCCUGCCUCAAUGAGGAAGGUCAUGGAGGGGAUCUCCUCGCACAUGUCGUUGCCCCUCAGGGCCAGGCUCAAGUGCAGGAAGAUGGCAGUGCGCUCCUCCAGGGGGUUCUCCUCCAGGUGCCUGGCAACGGGUGAGAGAGGCACCGUUGCACCCAAGGCGAAUGGGCAAACCAUGCUGGGACCGCAGGGUGAGAUGAGGGGCCAAGGAGGGCUGGGGGGGGCUUACCUGGCCAGCAAGGAAACCCCCGUGACGUUGGUCUCGGGCCGGCUGAUCCUGUCCCAGCCACCGCGCUGCUGUACAGCAGUCACCUGGUCCGUGUAGCCAGCGCAGCACAGGAGCACUUGCAUGGUUUGCACUGCCGCACUGCCAGGGAGAAGAGCGCUGGUCUACCACCCCAUGCUCCCGCACAGGCAGUGGGGCAGGGACCGGGGCAGCAGGCUACCUGACAGGGCAAGGAGGCUUGCCCUCGUGGCUGAAGGCAGCGCUGUCCUUUUGCCCACGCUGAAGGCUAAAGGACAUCUGCAACAGGAGGGCCACGUAGAUGCGGGGGAAGAGGGCCUUCACUGCCUGCUUGCAGGUGUGCUGCAGGAGGAUGAUUUUCAAUGCCCGGAUCGCCUGCAAGGAUGCCAAAGAUAGCCCUCGCUAGUGCCACGCGUGCAUGCGCAAGGAGGCCUCCCUCGCCCGGCGAGCCCGUGGAGCAACUCACAGUCAGCGGGAAGAUGCAGGUGAGGCCCUGCACAGAGGUGUCUGGCGUGCAGACGGACCGCUUCUGCAGCACGCAGAGAAGCUCCUGCAGCACCUUCUCAGCAGUCGAUGACUGCGACACCAUCGCCUCCCACAUGGUCCCGGCAAUGCUGCAAAGGACAGCCACAAAGGGUUGGGUCAGUGUCCUUGCAUCCCGCUGACCCUUGCCAGACCUGGCUCGGGCGGGGGCUCCAGGAGGCCUGGAGAGUGCACAGCUCCAGCCCCAGGGAUGCUGCACUCAGGCUGGCAACGCGGCAGCUGUACCCGUCAACAUUCAGCGAGCAGCUCAGCAGGCCAGCGACCACCUCGCUGGGGCAGCGGCACGUCAGGAGGAGAAGGAAGGUCCUGAGGGUCUGGACUGUGGCCUCACUGACGCGUGGCAGGUUCUCGUGGAUGUCCUGCACGAUCAGCUGCAGCUGCAAGGGACGGGGUGGGGGUGGCACCAGCCUGCUGCCACAGGCGAAUGAACCUCUGCCCAGACUCUGACUGCACUGCAGAGCCCUGGGUUUGGCGACCACGGCCAGCGCGCUGCAGGCUUACGUGCUGCGGGUUGGCGGCGCAGUAUUCCAUCAUAUCCUCCAGCAGGCGGGUUGUGCCUGGGGUGUCAUGGGCACUGCUGUGCUUCGUCCCCUCGAUGGCCAUGAGGACCACGUCUGUGUGCGGCCCCGUGGCGUGGCUGGGAGCUCUAUCCUCCUCCUCGACGCAGGCGCCCACGGAGAAGCCGGGGAGUCCGUCCUCCUCCUCAUCCCAGCCCUCCAGGGGCUCGCUGGGGCUUCCAGCCCCAUCCUCAAUCCAGGCCUCCAUGGGGUGGCUGGGAGGACAGGCAUCUUCCUCGCUCCGUGCCGAUGUGGGGCGGCUGGGGCAUCUCUCCGCCAUCCCGUGGCCGGAGCCCAGGUGGGAUGCGAAGCAGCAGGGAGAAAAGGGUCCUGCACAGGACCGUGGGUCCCUGCCGUGGGGCGACUGAGGGUCCUCUCUGGAGAGAUCCCAGCUGUCCUCGUCCCCACUCACUGAGGGGCCGUGAGGCACCAGGUGAUGUGAUGGGGGUCACAAAGGGCCCUGACAUCACCCCUGGGGCAGCUAGAGGGCCUGAGGGGCGGCGGGAUGCAGGGUCUGCCAUGGGGGAAGCAGCCUGGGGCGAGGAAGAGGAUGGAGCCCCCCCACAAGCCCAGGGGCAUGUGGGGCGAGGAAGGUGUCCCCGUCCAUCUACUGCGGAGGGAGGAAGAGGAGUUUGGUCUGCCCUGCUGCCCCAUGGCGGUGUAGGCUGAUGAAGAGAAGGAAGAUGGAGCUGCUGGCCACCCCAUGGCAGUGUGGAGCGAGGAAGAGCACGAUCCCUGGCUGCUUCAUGCUCUCAGCGGGGGUCAGACUAGACAGUCUCCAGAGGCAUCUUCCAACCUCAGCGGCUCUCCUUCCUCUUGGCACACUUGCCCGUGGUGUCUUUUAACGGGGAAAACGGCCAAAGAACCUGCCCUGUGAACCUCCCCACGGAGGCAGGCUCUCGAGGCCGCCUCCAGCCUGACCCGCAUCCCUGCCAAGAGAUGCUUGCCCAAGCCCUGGUCCUCCACAGUGAGGAACUGCAUCAGCCCUUGGGGCAAACUUGUCCGCGCCUCGCUCUGUUCUUGGCACACGCUAGCCUAGGUUUGAAUGUCCUUCCUGCGUGUGAAGUUCGCAGAAGGUACUGAAAUAAAACGCCUGCAAUGCUGGAAA